ACCUGGUAAACCAGUGACGUAUACAUGAUGUCAUGCGCGAUGUCAUCAAUUUGCGCCUAAAUCUGAUGGAAGGAGCUCAGCUGUCAAAAUGUGUACUGUACACGUGGGGAGCCAACAGUCACGCGCAACUCGGACAAGGACACACGGAAGAUCAAGCCGAGCCACGGCGCGCAGAUGUCGGACUGCAGGCAGAGAAGAUCCGCUGCAUGACCGGAGGAGGUGGACACUCGGCUCUCAUCACUGAAUCAGGUGACCUGCUGAUGUGUGGACAGAACCACAAAGGUCAGUUAGGGCUCAGUCACACGACAGAGGUCAUAACCUUUCAACUCUGCCCUCUGCCUGGGUGUACAAGAGUUCAGCAGGUGUCCUGUGGAUGGGACUUCUCUGUUAUCCUCACUGGUGACGACGGCCAGGUCUGGGCGUGCGGCUCCAAUGCGUUUGGACAGUUGGGCGUCUCGCCAAGAAUAACACACUCAGCAGAAUUUUUACACGUGAAAACCCUGAAUGAGCCGGUAACCAGUGUGGCUGCAGGGCUUAGACACACAUUAACAAGUACAGCAUCAGGUUGUGUUUAUCAAUGGGGAACUGGUCUGUCGAGUCACGCUAAGAGAAUGUUAAAUCCUCAACCUGUUCCUGCACAUCUGUCCUCUAAGGAGCCUUGCAUUGUCCCGGGGUUUGAUCAUGUGACCUCACAGAAGGUUGUUGCAGGCUCCACCCACUGCAUUUGUUUGACAGUCGAAGGUGACGUGUUCCUCUGGGGAAGUAAUAAACAUGGUCAGCUGGUCAGCGAGAGCCUAUUCCUGCCCCUUCCUGUGGCUUUGGAUCGAUCUCUGCUGCAGGGUGAGAGAGUGAUUGACAUUCACAGCGGCUGGACGCAUCUUGUCGCAGUAACAGAGAGUGGGCGGGUCUUUACAUGGGGCAGAUCUAAUUACGGACAGCUAGGACAGACCAAUCUGAGUACAGAAAAAGAGUCUGACACUGCAACAAGCUCUGGCCGAAGUAUAAGCCGCCCCAUCAAGGUUAAAGCUUUAUUUGGAGCGACACAGAUUGCAUGCGGAUCUGAACACAACCUAGCUCUUGUGGGGGGUCGGAUCUUCUCGUGGGGCUGGAAUGAACACGGAAUGUGUGGAGACGGUUCCCUUUUUGAUGUCACACAACCACGGCCAAUACCCCAUGUCAGAGACGCUACCGCUCUUCUGAUUGGCUGUGGAUCAGGACAUUCAAUGGCACUAUGCAGUUUGAAGAGCAAUGAGGAUUCAGCAAGCUGAACAGGUUUGAGCGUUUGGCUCUCAGUCUGUGACAAGGACAGUUUGCUUAUGUUACGGUUUUAAUGAAUUAUUCAGAAAGACUCAUUUGAGCCUUUAAAGGACAGAUUUUCCAUCAAAGUCUAAGAAAUGCAAAUACUACCCACAGAUGCACACCUUAUUGGGAAGCGAAAAAAGAACACUGAGUCUACUUGCAGCUUCAUGCAAAUAUUCAUUACUUAAAUGAGAUUUAUUUUAGAGGCAUAUUCUAAAUUUUAAAACACUGAAUGUUAACGUUUAGCUGAUAUAUUGGUCAUUUAGGAAUAG